UCUUGUUUGGGUUUAUUGGAGGCCCAUAUUUGAAGCUCUUCGCAAACAGAGAGCGAUCAGCGAGCUUUCCACAGUUCGAAGCCGGUGGAUGCAACGAUGGCUACCAAGCUGCUUCCACUGCGGAAGCUGUCAAGGAUACUGAAGGUGCCGUCUUCUUCUUCUUAUUCUUCUCCCUGUUUCAGGAGAUAUUCGUAUCUUCUAGAAGCUUCAAGACCUCUCCUCGGUAUCUCCGAUAAUGUUCAUCAAUUUCAUCCUCCGUCUUUUUCUCGAAGCUUUUGCUCCCGCCCCUUGGAUUUCGUCGACGAUGAUUCUCGAGGUCCUGCCUCCAUAGAUUAUAGUUCACUGAUGCAGGAGGGAGAUUUUCAUAGACUAGCUGAUUCCACAAUACAUGGACUGCAGGAGAAAUUAGAGGAGUAUGGCGAUGACCUCCAAAUUGAUGGCUUUGACGUGGACUACGGGAACGAGGUACUGACCUUAAAGCUCGGCGAUCUUGGAACUUAUGUCUUGAACAAACAAACGCCAAAUAGACAAAUUUGGCUUUCAUCCCCUGUGAGCGGUCCAUCCAGGUUUGAUUGGGAUCAGAACUCUCAGGCUUGGAUUUAUAGGCGGAACAAAGCAAACCUGUUGAGACUUUUAGAAACUGAAUUGGCGGAGCUGUGUGGUGAGCCAAUUGGUCUUUCUUGAGCCUUUUCAAAUAACAUGGACAUGGUUUGGUUAUUCUGAGGCAUUUGUGACACAUUUAUGAAGCCCACUUUUUCUCGUUUUAAUCUUUCUUCUCGUUGCAUAUUAUGUUCUAAUUUCAAGUGUUUCAAGUAUCAGUCCUUGGUAAUGUUGGUGACAAGGUAGUACUUUACUAACGCGUAACACCCAAUGGUUUCUCGUAGUACCAAUACAUACGUAUAUUUGAAAGUAUUACAACAGGAAGAAUUCCUCUCCUUCCAAGCAUGUGAAAGGAGGGAUCACAA